AUGGGUAGUGUUGGUGAAGCUCAGGCGAAAGAACAGGAGUAUGUGCAUGAUGUAUACAAUGAAAUCGCUGCACAUUUCUCAGAGACUAGAUAUAAACCUUGGCCUAUAGUUACGAAUUUUUUACAGAAUAGACUUACAGGUAGUAUAGGUAUCGAUAUUGGUUGUGGGAAUGGGAAAUAUCUGGGAAUCAAUGAUAAUAUCUAUAUCAUAGGUUCCGAUAGAUCGGAUGGACUUAUUGAAUGUGCCCAUGGGAUUAACUCACACUAUAAUGUCAUGGUAGCUGAUGGGAUGAAUUUACCACAUAGAGAUAAUACAUUUGAUUUUGCCAUAUCGAUUGCUGUGGUGCAUCAUUGGACCACAAGGGAGAGACGAGUACAAGCAAUUCAUCAUAUCUUGAGUAAGAUUAAAUCUGGUGGUCAAGCCUUGAUAUAUUGUUGGGCUUUGGAACAAGGUGAAUCAAGAAGAGGCUAUCAUGAAGGUAUGGAACAAGACGUGAUGGUUCCUUGGGUGUUACAUGAUACAAAGAAGAAGACUAAAAGUAAGAAAUCAAAUGUCGAUCAUGAGAAGCCUGAUUUAACGGGGAUUGAACCAAAGGAUAGAGCCACGUAUGUUGCUCAAUGGAGGAAAGAUCGUGCUGAACAAAGAGCUGCUGAAGCAGCUAAGGCCUUAAAAGAAGAAGAAGAAAAUCAAACUACAAACACUGAACAAGUUACAAAAUAUAGAUUCUAUCAUUUAUAUAAGGAAGGUGAACUUGAAGAAGAUUGUAUACAGGCAGGUGCUACUAUUGUUAGUCAUGGGUAUGAGAAAGAUAAUUGGUACGUCAUAGCACAGAAACAAUAA